GUACGGUCCAUAUUAUGGUGAAUUGUACUAAAGGACCCCACACUUGUAAAUAUUUAAUAGUCUUGGAUACGCUAAGUCUUACAAGAUUCAAAUUCUAUCUCGAACCUAUCAAACCAAACCAAAGUACCGAACCAACCACAAACACUCUCCUCGAUCUUCUAAACCUUCCACAUUUUCCUACACACACACUCACCUCACUCUUUCCCAUUCCCACUAUCAAAAAACCCUGAAGAACAACAUGAAAGAAGAACACCUCUUCUCCUUCUCUUCCUCCUGCAUUUUCCUUAGAACCAAACACCACCUUUAAUUUACUAGCAGAUAGAACCAGAAACUUAACAAGUAAUAAAAAAGGUCCAACCUUUCAUUCUUCCUGUCUGUCAUUUUCUUUCAAGGGCAAAAAAGUAACAGACAUGCCUCUAAUAAUCUUAUUAUUCUUCCUCUUUCCCUCACUCUCUCUUUCUUCUCUUUCUGAGCUCCCUGCUUUAAUGGCCUUGAAAGCCUCUCUUGACCCCAAAAACCAGUUUUUGAAAUCGUGGACUCCUCACUCUGAUCCUUGCAGUGGAGCUUUUGAAGGCGUGGCUUGCAAUGACCAAGGUCGUGUGGCUAAUAUCUCUCUGCAAGGAAAAGGUCUCUGGGGUGAAAUACCAGGGACUGUGGCUGAGCUUCGAAGCUUGACGGGUCUUUACUUGCAUUUCAAUUCUUUGAAUGGGAAUAUUCCCAAGGAGCUUACGACUUUAAGCCAGCUAACUGAUUUGUAUCUCAAUGUCAAUAAUCUUUCUGGGGAAAUCCCAAUUGGGUUUGGAAACAUGCCUAAUCUUCAAGUUCUGCAGCUGUGUUAUAAUAGAUUGACUGGGAGUAUACCAAUUCAACUUCGAAAUCUGAAGAAGCUUAGUGUUCUUGCUCUUCAAUAUAAUCAACUAACUGGUGCAAUUCCUGCAACUUUGGGUGAACUGAAGACACUAACAAGGUUGGAUUUGAGCUUUAACAAACUAUUUGGUUCUGUUCCUGCAAAAUUAGUUGAGGCUCCCAUGUUAAAAGUCCUUGACAUCAGGAACAAUUCUCUGUCCGGUACCAUUCCACAAGUUUUUAAAAGCCUAGGGGGAGGAUUCCAAUACGAAAAGAACCCAAACUUGUGUGGAGUUGGGUUUCAUGAAUUGCAAGUUUGCACAGCUAGUAGUGAAGGUUGGGACCCCAACAGGCCAGAACCAUAUCAACCUGGUAAUUUUUCUGCCAACAGUUUCCCAAACUCAACAAGUAACCAUUCCACAAAAGACCUACCCGAGUCUGUAAAUUUAGAGUCGAAUUGCAGUGGAGCUAAGUGUUCAAAGCCAUCUAAGUCUCCUCAAAUAGGUGUAGUUUUGGGGGUUACUGGACUUUUUGUUGCAUUUGUUGUUUCUGGUCUUUUCUCAUUCUCAUGGUACCGCCGCCAAAAACAGAAAAUUGGAAGUACUUUCGACCCAUCAGAUAGUCGGCUUAGCACUGAUCAGGUGAAGGAAGUUUACAGGAAGAGUGCAUCUCCCCUCAUCAGUCUGGAAUACUCGAACGGAUGGGACCCUUUUGCUAAAGGUAGCGGUGGAUUCUCUCAGGAAGUACUCGAAAGCUUCAUGUUCAAUCUAGAAGAAGUGGAGCGCGCAACACAGUGCUUCUCUGAAGUGAAUUUGCUGGGAAAAAGCAGUUUCUCCGCCACCUACCGGGGAGUCCUGAGAGAUGGAUCGGUUGUUGCCAUAAAAUGCAUUGCGAAGACAAGCUGUAACUCGGACGAAGCUGCAUUCCUGAAGGGAUUGAAGAUGUUAACAUCAUUGAAACAUGAAAAUCUUGUUAAGUUGAGAGGUUUUUGCUGUUCAAGAGGAAGGGGAGAGUGUUUUCUUGUCUAUGAUUUUGUCCCGAAAGGAAGUCUGUUGCAGUAUCUUGACAUUAAGGAAGGCACUGAUUUGGUUCUUGAAUGGGCAACUAGAGUAUCUAUCAUCACUGGUGUUGCCAAAGGUAUUGCAUAUUUGCAUGGAAGUAAGGGAAAAAAGUCUGCUAUAGUUCACCAGAAUAUCUCAGCGGAGAAUGUGCUCAUUGACAACAACUAUAAGCCGAUGAUCUCGGAUUCGGGACUACACAAACUCCUUGCAGACGAUAUCAUCUUCUCCAUGCUGAAAGCCAGUGCCGCCAUGGGAUACCUGGCUCCUGAGUACACAAACACCGGUCGCUUCACUGGAAAAAGCGAUGUAUAUGCAUUUGGUAUGAUCAUAUUUCAAAUUCUAACUGGAAAACAGAAAAUAACCCAAUCAGUUCGCCAAGGCGCAGAGUCAUGCAGUUUUGAAGACUUCAUUGAUCAAAACCUCGCUGGGAAGUUUUCAGAAUCUGAGGCAACGAAGCUUGCUAAACUAGCUCUGCUUUGUACACAUGAAUCUUUCAACCACAGGCCUUCAAUGGAAUGUGUUGUUCAAGAGUUAAGCGGGUUAGUAGUGAGUUAAUAAUGUAAUGUUGUUAGAAAGUUUUUUUGGCCUGAAUUAAGAUGUAUUAUUUUACUAACUAUGAAUAGUUUGUUGCUGAAGUAAGGUUUUCUAGCUCUUCUGACUACUUCUGUAUCAUGUAUCUAAGGCUUAUUUACUUGUUUGUUGUAACUAGUAUAAUCGUAUUAGACAGGCAGAUCAAUAUUUAGUUCAUUUAGUUUGUGGGUAAGACUAUUAAUGGUGUGAGUUUUGUUCAAUGUGCAUAAUUACUUGUGUC